UAACUCCAUUGACUUCAGUGGGGUUAUACCAGGGCUAAAUUCAUCCUGGGCAUGUGUGUGCAACUCUAUGCAACGAUUCUGGAAAUUUUCCAGCUGUUGAUCAGCAUAAAUGGAUGAUGGCAAAGGGGUGAUUUUUAAUGUGCUUCUGUUAUACCUGUGUAUAACUUGCUAAUGCAGGAUUACACAGAGUUCAGCGUCUGAUAAAAUCCAAACCAAUUUAACUGUCUAGGCUAGCUACUCACCUGUUCUAUCUGUUCAAUUCAUUAUCUAUUCGCACACCCACCUAACCUUCCCUUCUCCCCCAAACUCCGCAUUUCCUACUUGCUGCUACAGUUGCAUUUUUCCUCGGGUGAUCUUGAAAUCCACCGCCGAAGUCGCAGCAGCGGGACAAGGGGAAUGCAAAGCUGCGGGGGAAGGCAGAAAACCAGCCCAUGUGACGGCUGCAGCCGGAGGGUGGAGGGAAAGGGUCCUGGUCUCCCUGGGAAGCCCCCGAAAGUUUGUGCUUCGUGCGGGCAGAUCUGUCCGUCCGUCCGCCCAGCUCUCCAGCGCUGCGAGCGAAGCGGGUUGCGCCCCUCGCAGACGGCCCCAGCUCGGGCUGUCUCCCCGGGCGGGGAGCGGACAUCAGCCCUGCGGCAAAACGAGAGCUCCGCCUCGGCCUCCCCAGCGCCCGGGAGACUGCAGCCUCCCCGCCCCGCCGCGGCGCACGGAGACCCGCCCGCGAUGUAAGGCCGGGGCGCGCCCCGCCUCCCCCCGAGCCCGCAGCAUGAGCUCGGAUCCCCGCUACCGGGCCUCCUCCUACCGCAAGCUCGUCGGGGAGCCCCCGCGGCUGCCCGCCUCGCUCCCCGCCAGCGGCCGGGUGGACCUGGGCCCGGCGCCCGCCCGGGCCCGCGAGCACGGGCUGGGCCGCGGCGGCGGGGAGCAGGAGCGGCUGGCCGGGGGGAUGCAGAGCCUGCGGGCGCGCUGCGACAAGGAGGCGCGGGGCCGGGCCGAGGCGGAGCAGCGCGCCCGGGCGCAGCAGCGGGAGGCGGACGGGGCGGCGCGGGCCCGGCUGGGGCUGGAGCAGAAGGUGGAGGCGCUGCGGGAGGAGCUCGCCCUCCUGCGCCGGGCGCACGGGGAGGAGCGGGCCGAGCUGGCGGAGCCGGACCUGGCCCAGCCGGACCUGAGCGCGGCGCUGCGGGAGAUCCGCGCCCAGUACGAGUCGCUGGCGGCCAGGAACCUGCAGGCGGCCGAGGAGCGGUACCGCGCCAAGUUCGCCACCCUCAACGAGCAGGCGGCGCGCAGCAGCCAGGCCGCCCGGGCCAGCCGCGAGGAGAUCCACGGGUGCCGCCGCCAGCUGCAGGCCCGCACGCCGGAGAGGGAGAGUCUGCGCGGCGCCAACGAGUCCCUGGAGCGGCAGAUCCAGGAGAUGGAGGAGAGGCACGGCGCCGAGGUGGGCGGGUUGCUGGACAGCAUCAGUCAGCUGGAGGAUGACUUGGGGAACACCAAGAGCGAAAUAGCUCGUCAUCUGAGGGAGUAUCAAGACUUGCUCAACGUUAAAAUGGCUCUGGAUAUAGAGAUUGCUGCAUACAGGAAGCUGCUGGAAGGUGAAGAGACACGUUUUACCACUGGAAGCAUCAGCAUUUCGGCUCUGAAUCUGCAUUCUAACCCCAGUUAUUCUUUCCAGCCCAGAGUCUUCAAUUUACCUGUGGCCACUGUCUCAAAAAUAUAUCCUACUCGGUUUUUUAAGAAAGAAGAGAAAGAGGAGGCUUCUAAAGUGUCCUCUAAAGUAUAAUCUAGUCAGAUGGGGACCUUUGCUGAAAUGAUUGAGGAGACUGUAAUGUCUACUAAGAAAACUGAGCAAUCAAACCUGAAGGAAGGAAACAUGACAAACCAAAAAAUGUAACCUUUUAUAUGAAUAGAAACAGCAUUUAAGGGGGAACAAUAUACACUAGACCUUUCAAUUGUCUACACCUGAAUUAAUGCACUUGUCACCCAGUAUAAAUGUCCCAGCGCUUCAGCAUCAUUAGAAACAGUACAUCCCACACCAUAGCCAGGAGCAAUUAAAUGACAGAGGGAUCUCAAAGCUUAGGCUGAAAUUGGAGAGGAUGGCAAACUGGGUAACUACAUCUUCUGGGGUCAUCACGAUUAGCUAAACCAAAUCACACAAUAAGGAACUCCUCACUCCAAAGACGACACAAUCUACCCACAUUUGUGGCUGCUCCUGAUGUAUGUUUUACACAUGUUAAGGCUAUUUCCAGUUACAAACUAUACUAGGAGAAGGCUGAAUUUGGUCUAUUCUUCCCCUUUAAAGCAGUUUCAGGUUUGGAUAGACAGUCUCUGUAGCACCCUGCUCCGCAGUUAGCUCGAUGCAUGUUGGUCAUUUCUGUGAUUGCAUAGUGACUUCUUGUGUCCAUAUCAUCUCAUUCCAUCUGGUAGCCAACUGGUUAAGAAAAAGACAUUGAUUCGAAUUGACGGUGCCAACUAGUCACAGGGUCAAAAAAUUGUUUUUAUAUAGAUAUAGUUUCUUAAUUAUGGGCCUUGAUCUAUUUUAAAAAUCAGCAGAAUACAAAACAAACAAAAACCAAACCCCCAACAGCCCCAAAUUCUUGACCUGUAGCCUGUCACUUUAACUCUAGAAGCACAGAACAUACUGAGCUAUGAGACAGCCUGACUUCUGCACGAGCAUUAAACUCUAAGGUGCGUACAUUUCUGCCAAUAGACUGUUUCUCUAUUUUGGUGGCAUUUGUCUGUCCAUACUCUCAUGAAACGAGGUUUAUCAAUAGCACAUGUAAGUUAGGAGAGUUUCCUUUGUGUAUUUAAAAUGUGUACACACGACUGCACAAUCGUGGAUCCACAAUAAGUGGAUCUCAAUGGCUCUUCCAGUGCAUUUCUGAUGACAUGUUGGAAGAUGCAUACUUUUUGUCCUCAGUAUUCAGACUCAGAAGCAACACAGCCGCACAAACACUCCACUUCUGCUUGAUAAAUAGACAACAACUGGUGCUGUGAGGUAAUAUGAUUAAAAUAAUUCCAGCUUCCACCACACCUUUUCAGACGAACAGUCAUGGAGUCACAGGUGACCAUAACAGAGAGAUUCUAGUCACUGGAAGGACGGAUUCACACCCAACGUUUUUCCAAAGGAAGGGAUUCUGGCAGGGUAGCAUUUCACCUUCCAUUUCAAUCUGCCAAACUUUGUUAGUGUGUGUGUCUCCAGUCUACCUGUUCCAAUGUGUGCCAAGUUCAAUAUAGGAUUUACUAUUGUAGGUUUUUCCAAUGCCUUAAAAUCGCCAGCGAUCGCUUUUGCAAGAGCUGAAGACUGGUGCGUUUGUUGUGUGUUUGCCAAAGCACUGUGCCAUGAUGAGGUUAUGAUCACACAAGACCUUGGUGUCAGUGUUGCCAGGAUAAGCUCCUGGAAAUAGAACAUUGUUUGCUCACACCUUUCCUCUUCUACUGUAAGGCACAAGUUAAUAAAAAAAAAUUGUGACAUGAA